AAGGAGGGGCCAUGAAUUCAACAACUGUUGCCUGAUCUGAGCUCUCACUGUGUGAAUGCAAGUCAGCCGGCGAACCAGUGAGGGAGAGAGGGAAAGAGUGUGAGAGAGUAAGGUCCAGAGUCUGUGCUUGUGUGUAUUUGUGAGUGUGUGUGUGUGUGUAACGGAGAGAGAGAAAGAGAGAGAGAGAGAGAGAGAGAGAGAGAGAGGCAGGCAGGCUCUUACAGAAGCCAGGCAGCCAGUGCUGUGUUUUAAAGUGAACGAUACAUCCUGCUCCGCUCCUCUGCCUCUCUUUGGAUUAUACCACUAACAGGGACUCACCCUUUGGACUAUUCUGGCGCUUCCUCCUCCUCCUAACCUCGCCUUUGAAGGGAACACCUGUGUUGUGUGUGUGUGUGUGUGUUUCUGUGUGUAAGCAAAGGUAGCGGACUUAGCCCUGGUGAACAGGGCGAGUGGAUGACUUCAGUGGUUUAGGGUUUGGCGUUCUGAUCGAGGAGGACUGCUGACCAUGGACUCCCCUCCUCACUAGUAAACGGGGGUGCUGAGGAGGAGCGGCCGUGUCCGGUCAUCAUGUGCACACGGGCCUAUCCUGACCCUGUCCCUGAGUGCCAGCUGUUCCCGGGAGAGGUGGACGAGCCUGAGGAGGAGGUGGUAGACGAGGGAAGGGAGAGGGAGUCAGACAGAGACAGUGCCGUGGAAAGCACCCAAGGGUCAGACACAUCAGACGGGCCGAUCAGACCGGAAGACAAGGAAGACGUAUUGGGGGAUCUGUUUUACCCUGGGGAGAAAAUUGGUCACACAAGCAUCUCUGUGACAUCCGACCUAUCGACACGUUCUUCAGCUUCUCUGAACGAGGAGCAGUUUGAGGACUACGGAGAAGGAGAGGAACCAGACUACACUCCCAGCAGCCCCUGUCCAGACGACGAGACCCGUACAAACGGAUACUCCGAUCUCGGCUCAUCUGUUCCCUCUAGUGCUGGCCAGACUCCCCGUAAGGUGCGUCAGCAUUACACCGGUGAACUGAUGGACGUCUACUGCUCUCAGUGCAGCAAGAAGGUCAACCUGCUCAAUGACCUGGAGGCUCGCCUUAAAAACCUCAAGGCUAACAGCCCCAACAGGAAAAUCUCCAGCACAGCAUUUGGAAGGCAGCUGCUUCAUAACAGCAACUUGAGCAGCAGCAAUGGCAGCACAGAAGACCUGUUUAGGGACAGCAUCGACUCCUGUGACAUCGACAUCAAUGAGAAGCUCUCUGGAGAAGAAGUGGCAGAACUGGAGAGUGAGAUUCUGAUGAACGGUGAUCUCAAGUCGAAGCUGAAGCAGGAGAACACACAACUAGUUCACAGGGUUAAUGAGUUGGAGGAGCAGCUGAAGGACCAGGAGACACGAGCAGAACAAACUCUGCAGGCUGAGCUGAGACGACACCGAGAGGCCUACAGCAAGAUGGAGAGAAACAAAAACACACAGCUGGAACUGCUGACAAACCGAGUAAAGCUGUUGGAGGACGAGAACAGCGACUUUUCUCUGAACAUGUGUCGACUCAAAUCCCAGACAGAGAAACUGGAUGAGGAGAAGCAAAGGAUGACAGAUAAGCUGGAGGACACCAGUUUGCGCCUGAAGGAUGAGAUGGACCUCUACAGGAAAAUGAUGGACAAGCUGAGACAGAACAGACACCAGUUUCAGAAAGAAAAAGAAGACAUGCAGGAGCUGAUAGAGGACUUGCGUCGUGAGCUGGAGCAUUUGCAACUCUUCAAGCUGGAGACAGAAAGGCCUGGACGCAGCCGCAGCUCUUCCUCCAGUCUGGCAGACUUCAACUGCAGGACCAGGGAGGUGGAGCUGGAGCACGAGGUCAAGAGGCUCAAGCAGGAGAACCAGAAGCUGAGGGAGCAGAACGAUGAGCUCAACGGUCAGAUCCUCAGCCUCAGUCUGUAUGAAGCAAAGACACUGUUUGCCACACAGACCAAGGCCCAGUCUUUAGCAGCAGAGAUAGAAAACGCCUCCAGAGACCAGUUAAUGGAGGCCCUGAAGGAGCAGGAGGAAAUCAACUUACGCCUGCGACAGUACAUGGACAAAAUCAUCUUGUCCAUCCUGGACCACAACCCAUCCAUCCUGGAGAUCAAGAACUAACAGCGACUCAACUGGAAUGAGAAUCCCUCCAAGUCUCAGGAGAAAGAGGACCGUUCCAGUUGUAUGAACACAACCUCAAUCAGGGUGCUGUACAGGAAGGCAAUGAGGCUUAGAAACUGGAAAAUAUAGAUAGACACACAUCGCCCCCUGCUGUUUGAGGUGGGAAAGGAAAACACUUCUUGGCAGGAAAGGUAGACUGGGAUUCUACUGAACUUAACCUCAACCAGGAACUGUUUCUCUACUGCUGUGUAUGCUGUGAACUGUAGCUACUGCCUACUGCCACACCUUUCCCAUCUCAGUUGACAAUUCUGGUGACUAUUUUCCCAGGAAUAUCCUGGGAACAACAUGCGUUGAGGAUUGACAAAGUUACUCGAUGUAGUACACUGGACAUAUGUACCUUGGCAUAACAAACUGGAACAAUGUAACAAAUCCAAUGUGGGUUCUACUGUAUCCUGGUGUAAUAUUAGCUGUAUCAUCCACAGAGAUUCAGCUCUGUUCGAGGGGGAAACGUUUGAGGAAAAUCAACAGAGAUGUGGCAAGCAGACUGUAAACCCGACUCUCAGAGACAUGAAGGUGAAGCAGUGGAGUAUUGCCCGCUCUGUUAACUCCCCAUGUUUUCUCCUCUGUCAUGCAAGUGUUCUCCAAAGUAUGUGUGAUGAACUUUGACUAGCGCGUUUUAAAGUGGAGUACGAGAAAGUCCAAGGAGAAAGAAACAAUGAGAGCCUCUGUAACAGGAAGGGAAGCAGAUGAGUGAUGAAUCUGAGGAAUGAAGACUUUCUCAUAAAGAUGAGUUGGGAAUUUGAUAAUGGACCAUGUGUGCUAGCAAAGCAGGGUUUAAGUAAAGUCUAUGAUGGCCAAUUGAAGGUGAAGAGUUUGUUUGUUGUCUAUUCUGUAGACCAUGUCUUCCAGUAAACAUGCAACCAGUCAAUCAGUCCAAUAUUGAUUUUUUUAAAACUGAGAAGUGGCCCUUAUUUGGUUCAGGCGAGAAGUCGAGUGUCACUUUAUGGUACAGAAGCUGCAGCCAAGGAGUGUCUUUAACUGUAACUUCCAUAGCGGCUAUUUGCUAGCAAUGCCUUAGUUUAAAAAGCUACAUUGUUGCUAGAAAAAGGCCCGAUGAUGUUGCACAGAAAUGUAAGGAUAUGAAUGUACAGGAUGUCUGAUGGAUUUACAGAAAGCCGGUGUAACAUGGUUUACUCAAUAAUCAUCUCUCUGUGCUCAGUGAAAUCAUCUCAGUAAUGUGUGUGUGUGUGAGCUUACACAGGAGACUCACUUUUUGUAAAAAAACAAACUGGAUUAGCAAUCUCAUUGGAGCCUACAGAUUGUGUUUGAAGCCCGGAUGACUCUGUGAAACUUAUACUUGUAAAUAUCAUGAAUGUACAUCUGGAUAUUUCUGUUCUCUGUGUGGCCAAAAAAGGCUUUGACCUAAAAAUGAAAGUAAAUGGAUGCGAUUAAUUGUAAUACACACAUACAGUACUCAGUACUGUAAUGAAGAGGGAAAGCUAUAACAAUCUGCUGUAUUAAGUCAUUAUUCUAAACUUGAGUUUUGCUUCCUUGCACACAAAAAAAGACGUUUUUUUGUUUCAUUCGCAUGGUUCACCUUUUUUCUGUCUGUGCCUUUUGGGGACAUUUUUUUCCAGACAAUGUUGCUAAUGAUUGACAUAGUUUUUUGAAGCUACACUCUAUGUCGACGUCUGACAUAUUUUCUUGACUUGUAAAUGUUGUAAUUAUAUAGUGAUAAUUUGUAUUCAUGUGCCACUCACCAGUCUUUUUCAGAUUGAUACUAUGAAAACGAUUUUAUACAGUUUUAUCAGGAACUUGUGAUUGCUUAGGUGUCCUAUAAGAAUAGCAGUAUAGCACAAGGCUUUGUAUGGUACACAGGCCAGGUUAGCAUUUUGGAAAUAUUUUGAAGAUUUUUUUUUAAUGCAGUGGGGAAUGUUUUAUUGCAUUUCUCCGUUUUCAUUAGUCAUGGCGAGUCCAUUUCUUUUCAAUUUGCUUCGAACUUGGUUUUUAUAUGGUCGUAAACUGUCUUCCUAACUUAAGCUAAAUGGUGAGCAUAACGAGCAAUAUUAACUUAUUUAACAAUUCCUGCUGAUUUGUGUCUUGUUUUGCUUCACAAAUCUUUCACUCUAGCUGGAUGGAAAGAAAUAAACGGUACAUUAAGCUGUAAAGCUUGUCACAAACUCAUUUCUUGUAGCUCUUCAAAUUUUAUUUAUUAGGGCUAUUCGAUUCGAUGUAGUCACUUUAAAUAGCAAUAAAAUGGCUUUGGCAGUGA